AUGUACCAUCAUACAUACACCGUUGGUCUGGUUUCUGCGCUGCCGAAGGAGCUCUACGCUAUACGAGCGCUUUUCGACUCCCGAUACAAGGACCCCCCAGUUCACCUUGAUCCUAAUGACACCAAUAGCUAUGUCUUCGGCAGGGUCGGGCACCAUGAUGUUGUCGCCGCUUGCCUCCCACAAGGCGAGUAUGGUACGAAUUCCGCAGCCGACGUUGCGUCGAACAUGCACCGCAGCUUCCCUGCCCUCCGAUUCUGUCUGCUGGUAGGAAUUGGAGGCGGGGUCCCCUCGAGAACCCACGACGUUCGCCUUGGAGAUGUGGUGGUCAGUCAGCCGACCGAGACACACUCCGGGGUAGUCCAAUAUGAUCUGGGAAAAGUCAUGGAGGGUGGCUCCUUUCAAGCCGUGGGGGUUUUGACACGACCCCCGCGUGUCCUAAUGAAGGCAAUCAGUAAUCUCACAUCCGAUCCUGAUCUCGCUCCGGAUUUUCUCCAAGAUUUUCUGCACCAGAUCGCAGCGCGGAAUCCUUCCUACCGGAGUCCCGGCUCAGAGAAUGAUUCAUUGCACCAGUCGGACGCCUUGCACAGCAUAUCCAGUAAUGAUGGGCUGAACGGAUGCGCCUGUCCACUGGUAGACCGGCCGGAGCGCAACCUUGACUACCCCCGAAUAUUCUAUGGUGUGAUCGCAUCGGGGAACCAGGUAGUGAAGAGCUCAACAGUACGGGACCAGUUGGGAUCUCGGCACCGGAUUCUCUGCUUGGAGAUGGAAGCGGCCGGGGUGAUGAACACAAUGCCGUGCUUGGUCAUCCGUGGCAUCUGCGACUACGCAGAUGCUCACAAGAACAAAGCGUGGCAAGAGUACGCCGCUGCAACGGCGGCGGCAUAUGCCAAGGUUCUCUUAUCCUACGUCAGGCGUCUUAAACCCAGUUCCAACAACCAUUGA